AUGGGUUCCGAAGACGACGACAAGAAGCACAUGGAAAACCACCAGCACCAGUUUUCCCACGACAACCACGAUGACUGGGAGACUCAGCCUCCAUACAUGAGACCUGAUGAAGCCACUGAGAAGCGAGAGAACUUUGAGAAAAAGGUUCACGGCUCGUGUCACUGUGGUCGAGUACAGUAUUGGCUGAACAGUGAUAAACCACUUGCUUCCAAGUACUGUCAUUGCAUUGACUGCAAGAAGAUCCACGGUGCUCCUUUCCAAUGGGCAGCCAUCUUUAAGAAAACCGAUCUUGCUUUCGAAAACGGCGUCAAGAAUCUCCGUUUCUACAAGACUUCAUCUGGAAAGAACGAGCACAUUCUUCCCUGCAAGGUAGGCUGUGCCGAGUGUGGAAGUUGGAUCAUGGACGAAGGUCGAAACAUGGUCCUUCUAUUCCCCACGCUGUUGAACCUUGACACACCUCAACUCCGCGAGAACUUCCAACCUCAAUGCCACAUCUUUUACACUCAAAGAGUAGUUGACAUUCCUGAUGGAAAGGACAAGUGGACCAAGCUCGACAAGGACAGUGAACUCAUGAAGGAUGUGGACUGA